AUGACUCACUUUGGAGCAGACUAUGAACGAACAUUUUGGACCAUUUAUGACAGCGUAAAACAAGAUCACAGUAUGAUCGACAUUCUCAAAGGCAUCGCCAAUACCCACACGAAAUCAAGUUUCAACACAUUCUUACAAACCAAGGUAUUUGGCGUUCACACAAUCAAGACGACAAUCAUUUUGUCAGAAUUGCAGAUGGAUGACGAAGGAAAGUUUAUCCAAGGGCAAUUUCGAGUCAUUGAUAUUCCAACACGCUACAAAGGCCGAAACAAAUGGUUUCGCAUAUUUGAUAUGCUUACAUAA